CUCAGGGCGGAAUCGGAUCCACGCUGCGCGGGGCUGGGCUACAGAAGGGUGCCUGCAGAUUGGACGGGGCCCGUUGGUUUCUCUCCCGGGGUCCGGGUUAGAGAGGAGCUCGGAGCUCAGAAGACAGACCAUGACACCCGAGGAAUGGACUUAUCUAAUGGUCCUUCUUAUCUCCGUCCCUGUUGGCUUCCUCUUUAAGAAAGCUGGACCUGGGCUGAAGAGAUGGGGGGCAGCAGCUGUGGGCCUGGGGCUCACCUUAUUCACCUGUGGCCCUCACGCUUUGCAUUCACUGAUCACCAUCUUGGGAACCUGGGCCCUCAUUCAGGCCCAGCCCUGCUCCUGUCAUGCCCUGGCUCUGGCCUGGACCUUCUCCUAUCUCCUUUUCUUCCGAGCCCUCAGCCUGCUGGGCCUGCCCACUCCCACGCCCUUCACCAAUGCCAUCCAGCUGCUGUUGACCCUGAAGUUGGUGAGUCUGGCCAGCGAAGUCCAGGACCUGCAUCUGGCCCAGAGGAAGGAACUAGCCUCCGGCUUCAGCAAGGAGCCUACCCUGGGCCUCCUGCCCGACGUCCCCUCUUUGAUGGAGACACUUAGCUAUAGCUACUGCUAUGUGGGAAUCAUGACAGGCCCAUUCUUCCGCUACCGCACCUACCUGGACUGGCUGGAACAGCCCUUCCCAGGAUCCGUGCCCAGCCUGAGGCCCCUGCUGCGCCGCGCCUGGCCAGCUCCGCUCUUUGGCCUGCUCUUCCUGCUGUCCUCCCAUCUCUUCCCACUGGAAGCUGUGCGUGAGGACGCCUUCUACGCCCGCCCGCUGCCCACCCGCCUCUUCUACAUGAUCCCGGUCUUCUUCGCCUUCCGCAUGCGCUUCUACGUGGCCUGGAUUGCCGCCGAGUGCGGUUGCAUUGCCGCGGGCUUCGGGGCCUACCCUGUGGCUGCCAAAGCCCGGGCCGGGGGCGGCCCCACCCUCCAAUGCCCAUCCCCCAGCAGUCUGGAGGAUGCAGAGUCCCUGGAGUAUGACUAUGAGACCAUCCGUAACAUCGACUGCUAUGGCACAGACUUCUGCGUGCGGGUGCGGGAUGGCAUGCGCUAUUGGAACAUGACCGUGCAGUGGUGGCUGGCACAGUACAUCUACAAGAGUGCACCUGUCCGCUCCUACGUUCUGAGGAGCGCCUGGACCAUGUUGCUGAGCGCCUACUGGCACGGCCUCCACCCCGGCUACUACUUAAGCUUCAUGACCAUCCCGCUGUGUCUGGCUGCCGAGGGCUGUAUGGAGUCAGCCUUGCGGCGACGCCUGAGCCCCAGGGGUCAGCAAGCCUGGGACUGGGCCCACUGGUUCCUGAAGAUGCGAGCCUACGACUACAUGUGCAUGGGCUUUGUGCUCCUUUCCAUGAGUGACACACUCCGGUACUGGUCCUCCAUCUACUUCUGGAUCCAUUUUCUAGCCCUGGCCUGCCUGGGCCUGGGGCUAGCUUUGGGUGGUGGCAGCCCCAGCAAGAGGAAGGCACCAUCCCAGGCCACCGCCAGCCAAGCCAAGGAAAAGCUCCGAGAGGAGUGA